CUUUCUUUGUCGUCAAACCCCAUAAACCCUAAAAACUUGAAUCUUCUCCAAAAUGCAGUUUCUUGCAAGAUCACUAUCGAAAUCCAUAAGACCUUCGUUAAAUUCAGCUUCUAAACAAUCAUGGGUUCUUUCUCACCAAUAUCUUUCAACUUUUUCUGCUGAAAGUAGUAGCCGUACUCGCGGAGGAGGAAGCAGAGCUGAGAAAUCGACGGAAGAGUGGCCGAGACCGACGGAGGUACCGUACCAACCCAAAAUUGCGAAUUCUAUUGAUUUGAUUGGGUACGUUCACCAACCAGUUCAGUUCGACUCUACUCUCGAUGGAAAAUUCUGGGCAGGCACAGUCAUUUCGCAUGAACCUUCUUCUGAUUCCAAAUCUGUGUCUGAUUCGUCUAGUAAUUUCUGGAUUCCGGUACUGUUUGAAGGGGAUUUAGCUCAUACGGCUAACAGUUAUUUGAAGAAAAACGAUCGGGUUCAUAUUACCGGACAGAUUUUAGGAGAUGUGAUUCAAUCUGGAGCAAAUUCUGACCAAGCAUGUGUUCAGUUGUUUAAAAGCUUUCAUGGUAGCUUUUCACAUCAAGUUAUGGUUCGUGAUCUCCACUACAUUGAAGGUUCUAAAGCCCUACCAAAAGUUAUGCCAACGGUGAAUCAAAAUGAAGGUGUGCUUAAGCAUUCUGCUAGCGUUCAAAGAGGAAGAGAUGUUGGAACUAAUCUUUGGUUUGAUCUUGUUGAUAAACCGGAUGAAUGGUGUGAUUACCGUGAAAGCAAACAGAACGGAUCGGUUAAUCCUAAACACCCUGAUUUCAAGAAGAAAGACGGGAGUCAAGCUCUUUGGCUUAACAAAGCUCCCACAGAGAUAUUGUCCGAGCUCGAAGACGUGAAGUUUGAUAUUCCAAAAUAUGCACCAAAACCAAAGGCCGGAGAGGAAUCAUGGAAGGACUUGGUGGAAAACAUGAAUAAGUGGUGGGACAAUAGAUUGGACAAGAGACACCCAAAAGCGCCGGAUUUUAAGCACAAAGAAACCGGUGUAGGUCUCUGGCUAAGUGACUCUCCGAGCUGGGUGUUAGAAAAACUGCCUCCCCCAAAGAGCAAAACAAGUGACAUCUACGGAGCACAAGAGAUGUUCUGACCAAUCUUCAUGUUGCGUUACUCUUAAUUAUUUUUUGGCUUCUACGGGUAGGAGAAAUGUGGUAAUGAUCUUAUGUGCAUAUAUUGGAUCUUAGAGAUGUUUUGAAACAAAAUUUUUUGGUUGCAUUACUCUUAUUUUUUCUGGCUGCAACGGAUAGCAAAAAUGUGGUCCGGGGCGUUAUAUCUUA